AUGUUCCUACAGGAGCUAGAACAGCCCACCCUAAAGACAGCCGGAAUCCACAUAAGCACUGGGACCUCUACCCUCCAUUCCCACAAGGGUGAACUUGUCUACAAACAAAAUGUACCAGUCCUGCAGAGCAAUUCCUCUGGAGCCCAUGCUAUUGCAAGUGAUCCACAACACUUCAAGAGGACAAAACACAUUGACAUUGCCCACUUCUUCUUACAAGACAAAAUUGCAAGUCAAUGGCUUACAAUUGCUCCAGUCCAGAGCAGCGAAAAUCUGGCUGACAUCCUCACUAAGCCACUUGCAGCACCUAUGCUCUCACACCUUUGUCAAAUGUUUGGAUUAUUAACAUUAGAAGUGCAUACUGGAUCAAUAGGGGGUAUUAAAAAUGACAAUCCAAUAUGA